AUUGACCAUUGAUUGGUGAUCUCUUUGCAUUUGGCAAUUGGCACUUGGCAGUCGCUAAUGACCGUCGAUUGGAAAAUUGAGUGGGUUGAUAGUGUCGUAUUGGGGUUGGUUUUUGUAGGUACGCUGCACAGAAUUAUUGACAACAAGGCGUGCGACUCUUUUUCUUCUUCCGUCUUUUCUUCAGUUGACCGUUGGAGCGAAGAGAGUCUCCUUGGACGCGAAACAAUGGCGACUCCGAGGAAGAGAGCUCGAACCCUAGAAACCCCGGCAAACAGGAAACAAGUCAACAAUGAAGAAAUCCAAACCCCAAGGGCCAAUGAAGUUUCUGGAUACGAGCAGUUCAGAGAUCAAAGGAUCAAAGAAAAUAUGCAGAGAAUGCAGAAACUCGGGAUUAUUGAUCUCUCGCUAAAGCUCAAGGCAGAACUUCCUCCCAAGCGCACUCCGAGAAACCUGUCUGAAAGGAAAACGCCUCAGCGUUCGCCACUACCCUCUUCUGAACCCCCAAGACGUUCUUCCAGGUUACAGAAUGUGACCCCAGUCAGCUACACCGAACUGCGCGUACCCAGAAAGGAGAAACUGGAGAAAGAUGAAGAGCCUCGUAUAGGAGAAGGCUCAAAGCCUGAGAUUUAUACCGAGGAACACGACAAACUGUUAGGUACGUGCGAGACGAGUUGGACUCUCUUUGUCGAUGGAUAUGGCAAGGACGGGAAGCGAGUAUAUGAUCCUGUGAAGGGGAAGACCUGUCACCAGUGUAGGCAGAAAACUCUUGGUCUUCGUACCCAUUGCAGUAAAUGCAACCUUGUCCAAGGACAGUUUUGUGGGGAUUGUUUAUACAUGAGAUAUGGGGAGAAUGUAAUAGAAGCAAAUCAGAAUCCCAAUUGGAUUUGCCCUGUCUGUCGAGGAAUUUGCAACUGCAGCUUGUGUCGACUGGCAAAAGGAUGGAUUCCCACUGGAAGUCUCUAUAGGAAAGUCUCAAGACUUGGCUUCAAGUCAGUUGCACAUUAUCUUAUUCAGACUCGACGAUCUCAGCAAAACUCCAAUGACAACAACUCAAGUUCAGAACACCAAGUUUCUGCAAAGAGGUCAAUUGCCUUUGGUGAUACAGAAGAACUUAACAAUCUUAACAAUCAUAAGGAAUCUCCCGACUCGGAUGAUGGUCCUCAUGAGUGCUCAAAUCCUCAACCUGAAGAUAAAAGUGAUGGACGGAAGGGGGAGAAAAAUGAAUUUACAGGUUUGGCUUGUAAGCAUGAUACUGACAAUGUUACAUCAGAGAACAAUUCAGAAACUGCUAUUAUUUCCAAGCUAGGCCCAUACAGUAUUGCUGGAAAUUUCAAGCAAGGACUUAACAAUGAUGGCAGCUAUGACGAUGGUAGCUCCAACCUUAUGUUUGAAGACAAUAGAAUUGCUGGUGAGUUGAAAGGGGACAAAGAGGACCACAGUUUGGAAUCUUUGGAUGAUGGUAUCAGUAAUAUCUCUGGAAAUGUGAAGCAGGGGCUUAGCAAAGAUGGCAGCCAUGAUGAUGGUAGCUCUGACACUAUGUUUGAAGACAACAAAGGUGCUGAUGAGUUCAAAGGGGAUAAAGAGGAUCACAAUUUGGAAAAUAUCAGUAAUAUCACUGGAAAUGUGAAGCAGGAGCUUAGCAAUAAUCGCAGCCAUGAUGAUGGUAUCUCUGAUUCUGUGUUCAGAGAGAACAAAGGUGCUGAUGAUUUCGAAGGGAACAAAGAAGAUCACAAUUUGGACAGUAUUAGCCAUAUUGCAGCAGAAACUCACCCUACACCUAAAAGGAAAUCUGCUUUUGCUGCCGAACUUAUCCCAGAUAGCAUUGCUGGAAGGUUGAGGCAAAGGCGCAACAAAUCUUAAAGGUGGAUGGAUGUCUCAAAUGUUAAUGCACAACUGGUUUAGUACAGGAGCGCUGGAGGAAUUUUGUUACUUGUUGAUUGUUCUGAUGGAAUUUUAAUGGGUGUAAUGCACUUUCUUUGUUACAAGAUUGUUAACUUUUACAUGCAAGAUCAAGGGACAUUUAAGAUCGUUCCUUUUUGUUAUAUUGAACAUCAAAAUGAUGUGCAUUUUUCAUGUA